GUUAGAAAUCUCUGUUACAUGGUGACGAGACGGGAGAAAAUGAAACACACCAUUUGUAAACUCCAGGAGCAGAUCUUCCAUCUCCAGAUGAAGCUUAUUGAGAAAGAUCUUUACCCAGAACAAACUGGGAAGAAGACAAAGGGUAAGAAAAGUGACCCGAGAAGGAAAGGAAGAGAUGGUAGAAAAAGUAGUCCUGAGAAGAAAGAGAAAAGGAAAUCAGUCAACGAAACUGUAUUGGGACAACUGGGCUUAUCAACCUCCUUCCCCAUUGACGGGACCUUCUUCAACAGCUGGCUGGCACAGUCGGUCCAGAUCACCGCCGAGAACAUGGCAAUGAGCGAGUGGUCCCUCAACAAUGCCCACCACGAGGACAGCACCCCCGGCCUCUCUGAGGAGCUCCUCCAGGAUGAGGAGACCUUGCUGAGCUUCAUGAUGGACCAUUCCCUCAGGUCUCCAUUUAAGCAGAGUGAGGCUGCGAAGAAAGUGAAAAGCAAAACGAGAACGAACACUAAGAAAAAGCUGCCCAGGAGCAGCCCCCCAACUGGGGGUGGGAGCCACCCGGAGAGCUCGGAGCCCUGGACUAACAACGCCAGUGACUUGUCGGAUGAUGCUGCCAAACCCUUCUCUCCUGACUCCAGACCCAGCAAGUCAGAGAAAGGGGCGGCGAAGCUUCCCACCGACCGCAAAGGGACGGGUGAGGCGAAAAAGGCGGCCAAGAAGGGCUCUCUCCCAAAAACUGGCGAGCCUCACCCCCCAGCCGGGGUGAGGGGCUGUGUUGGCGAGGAGGAGGAGGAGGAAGAGGAGACGCCGCGCUGCACUCAGCCGGAGCCCAGCCCCACGGCCAAAGUGCCUGACUCCGUAGGUAGCCCCAAAACCGUCGUGCGGUUCAAAUUACCAAAGGAGAGCCGAGGGACUCGGAAGUCGCAGCCCCCCAAGCCCGACGGCGCCGGCGGAGCUCCCUUGCGUCGUUUCGACGCCGAGACGGACGGCUACUUCUCCGAUGCAGAGAUGAGCGACUCGGAUGGGGAGCCCCGUGGCGGCAGGGCACAGCGGGGCCAGCUGGAUGCAGCCGGUGAGGACAUCGUCAGGAUGAGUAUCCUGGCAUCCUAA